UCUUCUGCUUCCCCUCCUCUCUCUAACUCUCAUUCUCUCUCUUCUGCAACUAAUUAAGAAAGACAUGAUGCUGCUAAACCUGCAACAGAAACGUUUCUUCUUGUUCUGGUUGAGCUUCAUAAUCUGGUCAUGGUGGAGUCUGGACGGCGUCGUUUCAGACCCACAGACCAACUUUGUGAAGAUAGGGUGCAGCCAAUAUAACGUCACAGAUGUGAACGUGUUCCACCAGAACCUAAACGCGACGUUUCGAGAGCUGAAAACGCAGAUCAGCAACCAAAGCAAACACUUCGCGACGGCGCAGGCGGUGAAAGGAAACAACCCGGCUUAUGCCCUCUUUCAGUGCAGAAACUACCUCUCCAUCUCCGACUGCCUCAAGUGCUUUGACUUCGCCGCCGAUCACAUCCGCAAUUGCUCCACCGGCGUCACCGGUGCCCGCAUCAUCUACGAAGGCUGCUUCCUCAGGUACGAGAGCAGUGGCUUCUUUGACCAGAACACAGACGCUGGCAACAACAUCGUCUGUGGGAAUAAAGUAAGAAACUCCACUGAACUUGCUUCAACAGUGGAACAAGCGCUGACAAAUCUGCAAAUAGCAACACCAAGAAUACCUGGUUAUUAUGCAGCCAUUAAAACGCCAGUGCCUAAUAGUAAUGGCUCAAGCAUUUAUGCCAUUGCUCAGUGUCUUGAGACUCUCACUCAAAGUGGUUGCCAGGAUUGCUUGAAUACUGGCUUAAAAAAUUUCCAGAUCUGUCUUCCCAACUCAAAUGCUGAGACUUAUGAUGCUGGCUGUUUUAUGAGAUACUCCACCACAGCUUUCUUUGCUGAUAAUCAAACCACUAACAUCAAGCACUUCCUAAAACAAGGAGGUUCAAGCAAGAAGAAAGCCAUUAUUGGUGGAGUUGUUGGCGGUGCAUCUUUCAUUUUGAUUCUCCUUGCAUUAUUUGCUUUAUACAGACGAUCAACAUUGUCCAAAAGGAUUCCUAGAGGUGACAUUUUGGGAGCAACUGAGUUGAAAGGCCCUGUUAACUAUAGGUAUAAAGAUCUAAAGUCUGCAACAAAAAAUUUCAAUAAAGAAAAUAAACUAGGGGAAGGAGGUUUUGGUGAUGUGUACAAGGGCACUCUGAAAAAUGGAAAAGUAGUUGCUGUCAAGAAAUUAGCUUUGGGCCAAUCCAAACAGAUGGAGAAAGAUUUUGAGAGUGAAGUGAAGUUGAUAAGUAAUGUCCAUCAUCGGAAUCUUGUUCGACUUCUGGGAUGUUGCACUAAAGGCCAAGAGAGAUUCCUUGUUUAUGAGUACAUGAAAAACAACAAUGUUGGCCAAUUCUUAUUUGGUAAAAAUAAAGGUUCCCUCAAUUGGAAGCAACGUUAUGGUAUAAUUUUGGGCACAGCAAGAGGUUUGGCCUAUCUGCAUGAGGAAUUUCACGUUUGUAUUAUUCAUAGAGAUAUAAAAACCACCAACAUUCUCUUGGAUGAUGAUUUCCAACCUAAAAUUGCUGAUUUUGGACUAGCAAGGCUUUUGCCUAAGGACCAAUCUCAUCUCAACACAAAAUUUGCAGGAACAAUGGGAUACACAGCACCUGAAUAUGCAAUGCAUGGACAAUUAUCAGAGAAGGUUGAUACUUACAGCUAUGGUGUUGUACUUCUAGAAAUCAUAAGUGGAAGAAAGAGUGGUGAAUUGAAGAUUGAUGAUGCAAGCGAGCUUCUCCUUCAAAGAGCUUGGAAACUGUAUGAGAGAGGGAUGCACAUAGAGUUUGUGGACAAAACCUUAGAUCCAAAUGAGUAUGAUGCAGAAGAAGUAAAGAAAAUCAUGGAGAUUGGAUUGCUUUGCACCCAAGCAUCUCCUGGAGCUAGGCCAACAAUGUCUGAAAUUGUUGUUAUGCUCAAAACCAAGGGCUUAAUGGAGCAGAAGAAACCCACCAUGCCUGUCUAUGUUGAUCCUAAUUUCAGGGCUAGAACAAGCAAUUCUACGUCUAAUGGUACAUCUUCUUCAAAUGCUACAGUUUCCAUUUCGAGUAUAUCAGGAAGAUGAUCGCAUAUUCAGGAACAUCUCCAUUCCGUUACUCAAUCUUUGAGUACAAUGAAACAUCAAUUCUACAAGUAGGAAAAGUUCGUGUGAAAGUGUGGCCACUCAUUUUGGCCUAUGGUAUAAACUAAAUUAGUGAAUAUAUUGAAAGUCUCUGAAUUGUGUGACAAAGCACUAGAGGCUGUUUGAUAUGCAAAAAUGAUAUAGAAUGAAGAAAGAAAGAAAAAGAAAAAGUGAUUUUAUAGUUUGGAAAUGUCUUUGGUGCCCCUAAUUAAAAAAUAAUAAUGAUAAUGAAAAGAGAUGGUUAUUGCCUCUUUUUUUUUUUUUUUUUAAUGCAGAUAUGAGACGGUUGUUGCUAUGUAAUGAUAACAGGAAUAUACUAGAUUUUGUAUCUCUCAUUUUUAGUGCAGUUGAAAAGAAUGUUUUUCAAUAGAUUAUACCAAACGCCCCCAAUUGAUAAUCUUA